AUGGAAUUUGACGAAAGUGAUAUUUUUGAUUCUCAAGAUUUUUUAAUUGGAGAAGAACUUGAUACCGAAUUUCAAUUUGCUGAAGAAAAUGACUUCCGACCAUUAACUGAUCAAGAAGAAAACAAUUCCGGUUCAUCAUCCGCUUCGUCGACAAAUGCUGAGCAAUCCACGACUGAUAAAAAUAAUGAUGAAUCUCUGCGUUGUAGAAUGGGUGAUCUUGCUUCGAACAAGGCAGGUCUACAGGGGGUUGAUAAAGAAAAGAUUAAUCAAGUCAUCUAUGAAGCUUCAAAGAACUCAGAAUUUUAUAUUAAUGAAGUCAGAAAGGACGAGGCUUUAAAACACAAAACAGAACAGCUAUUAAAAAAAUAUGAAGCUCUCAGAAGACAAGAUUUGUCUACCUUUAAUAAUAAAGUUGAUAGUUUGGUGCAGGCCAUAGAACGCAAGAGGGAUUUAUCUCGCAUAAUAGUGCAUAUCGACAUGGAUGCAUAUUAUGCUUCUGUCGAAGAAAGAGAUAAUCCUUCUUUGCGCGGUAAACCAAUGGCAGUUGGGAGUAAUUCUAUGUUGAGCACAUCGAAUUACGAAGCCAGACGUUAUGGUGUUCGUAGUGCUAUGCCAGGCUUUAUUGCUAAAAAGUUAUGCCCAGAACUUAUUAUAGUUCCAUGCAAUUUCGACAAAUACCACGCAGUCGCGAAGCAAAUACGUGAAGUUUUUGCUCGUUAUGAUCCAAAUUAUACACCUAUGAGUCUAGAUGAAGCAUAUUUGGAUAUUACAGAGUAUCUCGAAACAACAGAUAAAACUCCCGAUGAAGUUGUUGAACAAAUUCGUAAAGAAAUACAUGAAGAAACAAAAUUAACAGCCAGUGCAGGUAUCGCCGCCAACAUGUUAUUAUCUAAAAUAUGUUCCGAUUUUAACAAACCAAACGGGCAAUAUCGACUUCCAAAUAAUAUUAAUGAUAUCAUGAGAUUCAUUCGACCUCUUCCUGUUCGUAAAAUCCCUGGCAUUGGUCGAGUCACUGAGAGGAUUUUAAAGGAGAUUGAUAUAAGUACAUGUGGUGCAAUACUAGACAAUAGUGUCUACAUAUAUAGAAUGUUUUCAUCAAUUUCGUUCAAUUUUUUCAUACGAGCGGCACUUGGGAUUGGAUCGACUACUGUUAAAUCAGAAUAUAAGCGAAAGAGUAUGAGUAUAUCAAGAACAUUCUGCAGGUUAAGCCAACCUAAUGAGUUGCUUGCCAAACUCCGCGAAUUAGUUGAUAAUUUGGCAGCUGACCUCGCCAAAGAAUAUCUCCAUGGAAAAACUAUUGCGUUGACAUUUAAAUCUGUUAGUUUCAAAGUGACUACACGUGAAAGAUCUCUUAAAAGAUAUAUAUACACGGCCGAUGAUUUAUAUCAUUUUGGAAAACAAAUAUUAGUAGAUGAACUACCCUUAAACAUAAGGCUCAUGGGUGUACGACUAUCUAAUUUACGUUCACGUAAUGAUGAAUGUGGAUUGAAAAGGUGGUUUUUUAACCAACCAAACCCUUCACAAAAAUCAACAACUCCUGAAGAAUUUGACUUUGAACCGCCAAAAACAUCAAAACCUGAAAAUAGCUGCUUGAAAAGGAAUAUAGUCGACCUGUUGAUAGAACAUGAACCCGUCACAACUUCUUGUAAUUCAACUCAAGAAACCAAUGAAAAGCGUAAAUGGUAUCCUGUACCAACUGUUCUUAAAAAGUAUACUUGCCCUGGAUGUAAUAAACAAUUUCCAAAUGUAAAAGUUUCUCAAAUUAAUGAGCACCUGGAUACAUGUUUAAAUAUUGAAGAUAUAACCGAAAGCGAUUAUGAGCAAGACGCGAUAUAUUCAACGUUUUCCGUACAAAAUGUACAAGAUGAACAAGAUAAACUAGAUGAAACUGAAGAUACAAAUAGCGAGAUUUAUGGAUCCGAUAUUCCUGAAAAUUCUGAAAACAACCCAGAGAUGAGUAUUGACUGGAAAUGUCCAAAAUGUGAUAAAAACUUCAAAAAACCUACAAACAUGCGUAUUAAUUCACAUCUUGACAAUUGUUUAAAAUCCGAUAAGAGGUAUGUUAAAGUAUAA